AUGUCACUGGGUGGAAGUGGAAGUGGAGGAAUUGGAACUAGUCAACUGAAUCUAGCAAGAUUUGCAUUUAAUAUUUAUGGUACUUUAAAUACAUCACAAUCAAAUGACGGUUCUAUAUCACCACAAUCUUCAUCUACAGCAAGUUCUUCAAAUAGAUCAACAAGACAACAUUCACAACAAGAACAGACUUUCUUAAAUUAUGAUAAAUUGGUUUAUAAUUGUGAACGAGAAACAGUUGCUUUAUCACAAUUGAAUUAUCCUUUACAACCAUCAAAUUAUAGUGCAAUUACAACAACCAGCAAUCAUCAUAAUGAAAUGAAACAUCAUGUGGUUAUUGGUGGGAAGAAUUAUUUACGAUUAUUAUGUCUUAAUGAAGAUCAAAGGAAAAUAGUUCAAGAAAUCAAUUUAACUGAUCUGCUGUCAAAUUCAAUCUAUACUUCAAGAGUACCGAAUAAAUUAUUCAAUAUCAAUACGGUGAAAACAUUCAAUGAUAUAAUAGGAUGUGGAUUAUCAAAUGGUUUAAUCAGUAUCUACAAAAUAUCUCCCAAUGGUAAAAGUAAAAUAGUCAAUAAAUUCUCCGAUCAUAAACGUACAGUAAAUUCAUUAGAUUUUAUCGAAACUGAAAAUCAAGUCCUUUCAGGGUCUCAAGAUGGGACAAUUAAAUUAUGGGAUUUAAGAUCAUCAUCCUCAAAACCAAUGUUAACAUUACAAGCAAAUCUUCAUUCAGAUCCAAUUAGAGCAUGUCAAUAUUCUCCUCAUUCUUCAGUUAGAAAUAAGAUUUGUGUCCUUUCUGUUCAUGAUUCAGGGGCAUUAUGUAAAUUUGAUCUUAGAUCAAGUGGUGGUGGUUCCAAUUCAAAUUUCCAAAAUAUGUAUAGUCCAGAUAAGAAAUGGAAUUUACAUUCAGGUCCGGCAUUAUCAUUACAUAUCCAUCCUGAAAAAGAAUAUGUAUUGACUGGUGGACGGGAUCAUAAGAUUUGUGUAUUUAAUUAUGGGGAAAAUCAAACUAAUGUGGCGAAUAGAACAUCUCCGGACCAUAUGAUAAACACUUAUGGACCGAUAUUGAAAGUGAGAUGGAGUACUUAUCCUUUGUCUUCGUAUAGUCAUCAUCCAUUUGAUGAAUUUCAAGAGACAGGUUCCAGUACUAAUCCGUUAUUUAAUUAUGAUAUUGCUUGUCUGUAUUUAAAUGAUGAUUCUACAAUAACUGUCUAUAAUUUAAGUCGGAAAUAUAUCCCAAAACAAAUAAUUCGAUCUAUUGGUUGUAAACCAAUUCAAAAUUUUAUAUGGACAAAGAAUCAUAUGAGAUCAAGACAGAUUUGGUCCAUAACUAAAGCAAACAUAUUCACAUCUUAUGAAUUAGAUAAUGUCUUGGAUCCAGAUAUAAGAAGACCAUUGAAUGAAUUAUCAAGUGUUUCUAUGUCUUGGAAUAAUAACCUUGGAGAUUUAUGUUUUGUCAAUCAAAAUAAGGAUGAUUUUGAAUUGGGUGACGAUAAUGAUUCUUUAAUCACCAUUAGUGAAAUGGACCCUCAUCAUUCUCAACAACAAGAAUUUGAAUCGAGUGAUAUGAUACUAGAAAGAUCACAUACACAUAGUCUAGAAACUACUAUGGAAAAUGAUAUGGAAUUAACCAAAAGUAAUCUGGUUGUGGGUAUGCAAUCAUUCACAACUUCAUUAACUACUUCUCCCGUGGAAAAGCCACCAUUAUUCCGAUCUUUCACUCAUAAUCCAAUGCAUAAUUCCGCCACUACCAAAACACCAUCUCCUAUCCCCGUAUAUAGAACAACAACAACCACACCCGGAAUGAACCUUAUGCAACAAAAUGAAUCAACAACUUCUAGUUUUGGUGGAAUCCUAAGACCAAAGCUAAAUCGAAAUUCAUCUCAAGCUACUCAAGAAUCAAUAGUAUCAUUAGGAUCUACCCCACAUCAACGAUAUACCAACGCUAAGCCAACCUCUUCUUCACAGGGACAACAAAAUCUAAUUAGCUCGCCUUAUGUGAUACCAUUUUCGUUACCAAUUCCUGCUAAUGAUGAAUUUGUUUUCCGUUUCCUUUCCGCCAAUUAUAUGGUGAACAUCCCCGAUGGGUUCAAUUUAGUGGAUGUAUGUUUGUUUAAUGCGAAUUCGGCAGCUAAUGCCGGUAGUUAUAGGACUUGUCAAGUUUGGAGAUUGUUGGCUGUAAGUAUAGAAGAGGACUAUAUCCAAGAGAAACAUACUGCUCAGGAACAAGAACAACAACAACAACAACAACAGGAUGGAACGGCAAAAACUGAGAUCGUGGUGAGUGAAGUCGCUGAAAAAGAAACCAGAUCAAUCCUGUCGGAAUUAGGUAAUUUCGUGGGGUCUUACAAUUCAACUCUGACUACUGGAUAUGGAGGUUCGGGGUCUACGACCGGUAAACAAGGAGGAUCAACUGAUGAAUCUGCGAUACAUGAUCGAAAACUUAUGCCUGGUGAAGCUGAAGAAGAUGAAAUGACAAGUAAUGAUAUAAGUAUAGCUGGAUCAUCGUCUGAUCCCGGCACUCGAAGUCGAACUAAUAGUCUUUCAAAUUUACGAUUAGUUGCAUCACCAAAUUCGGCCAGUCGAGAAGACGUAGAUAAUGGAGAAGAAGAUCUAAUUGAUGAAGUCAUAUCUGAACCUGGUGUCGAUGAGAUGUUGAGUCGUUCGGCACCGGUACUGAUUAUGUCAAUCCCACAACGAAGUAAGACAAAUGAAGAUAUAGAUGAUGAGAAUCUUAAUCUUAUUAAGAAUACAUUAUUGGGUACUAGUCCUUCUGGGACUCCGGGGCUAUCGGGACGUUCCAGUCAGACAUUUUCUAGUAUUGCCAUUAGUUCAUCUCCACAAUCGUAUCAUGCCUUUCCUCCCAAAUCGAUUCAUACGACUAAAACAAGAACGAAUGCUCUGGGUGAAUUUUCGGCAUUGAAAUCGGGUUUAUCGAUGGCAUUGAAGGAACGUGAUGGAGAAGAGGAUCAUGAUGUAGAGAAGGAGAAGGAUCAUACUGAAAAAGAUUGGAAGUUUACUAAUUUAUUAAGAAAGGUAUUGGAUUAUGCAUUGUUGCAGGGAGAUAUUGUAUUUGUUGCAACUGUUGUUUUGAUAUUUUAUGAUAUUUGUCCUGGUACUAUUACACAAGAAGAAUGUUUGGAUUGGUUAAGUAUAUAUAUUGAUAUUCUUCAACGGAAAAGAUUGUUUAUCAAUGCUGCAAAUGUAUUAAAUUCUGCUCCAUUGCUGGUUCUAGAGAUUUUGAAGAAUGUUUAUUCGGUUGAUUUAGAUUUACGUCUUUAUUGCACUUGGUGUAGAAAAUUAUUAGUGAAUGAAAAAUCCAAGAGAGCAGGAGGAAACUUUGGAUAUUGGUAUUGUGACGAGUGUUCCAAGACUCAAAUGAAUUGUGUUUAUUGUUGUGAGCCAUGUAAAGGUCUUGGUGUGGUUGUUAGUUUAAAAUGUGGACAUCGGGGACAUUUUGGAUGUUUGAAAGAAUGGUUUAUUGAGGAUGAAAAUAUAGAAUGCCCUGGUGGGUGUGAUUUCUCUAUUCUGUAA